CGCCCCGAGGAUCGGGCCCCAGGGACCCCGGCGAUGGAGGUUUUCCGGCUGGCAGGCAUCCUCCUGUCCCUGCUCAGCCUGGGGCUGCUGGGGCUGGCUCUGGUCUCAGACUCCUGGCUGAGGAGCAGUGACAUGCCGGGGAGCCACGGUGGGCUGUGGAAGAUCUGUGUGUCCAAGAUCUGCACUUUGUAUCCAGACAACGUGCCAGGUUUCUUCCACACCACCAGGUUUUUCCUGGUCCUGGCCAUGCUGGCUGGCUGUCUCGCCUCCCUCGCUCUCGGCGCAUCCUUCUUCUGCUCCCACCUUUGCUCCGCCUCCCUCACCACGGUCUCCACCAUGAGCAGCUUCGGUGCAGGUCUGUGUGUCAUGAUCGCCAUGGCCGUGUUCACCAGUGGUGAGUCCCAGAAAGUCCUGCCAGAAAUUUUCGCCUACAGCUGGUCCUACAGCCUGGGCUGGCUGUCCUUCUUCCUGUACCUUGGAACGGGUGCGGUGACCAUGCUGAGCCGGAGAUCCUCUUAUAGCCAGUUGUGAGGCCUCCCACGAAGGGCUGGCUGGAAUCAGCAGUGCCAUGGGCACCACCCCCAGCCCCAAGCUGUGUGUGUGUGUGUGUGUGCGCGCGCGCGCAUUGUUCCCUGUUGCACUCCUCUAGUCCGGCAAACCCUGCUCUGUGUGCGUGUGUGUGCGUGUGCGUGUGUGCGUGCGCGCGCGCAUUGUUCCCUGUUGCACUCCUCUAGUCCGGCAAACCCUGCUCUGUGUGCGUGUGUGUGCGUGUGCGUGUGUGCGUGCGCGCGCGCAUUGUUCCCUGUUGCACUCCUCUAGUCCGGCAAACCCUGCUCUGUGUGCGUGUGUGUGCGUGUGCGUGUGUGCGUGCGCGCGCGCAUUGUUCCCUGUUGCACUCCUCUAGUCCGGCAAACCCUGCUCUGUGUGCGUGUGUGUGCGUGUGCGUGUGUGCGUGCGCGCGCGCAUUGUUCCCUGUUGCACUCCUCUAGUCCGGCAAACCCUGCUCUGUGUGCGUGUGUGUGCGUGUGCGUGUGUGCGUGCGCGCGCGCAUUGUUCCCUGUUGCACUCCUCUAGUCCGGCAAACCCUGCUCUGUGUGCGUGUGUGUUCGUGUGCAUGUGCGUGUGUGUGCGCGCGCGCAUUGUUUCCUGUUGCACUCCUCUGGUCGGGCAAACCCUGCUCUGUGUGUGUGCGUGCCUGUGUGUGUGUGUGUGUGUGUGUGCGUGUGUGCGUGUGCGCGCAUUGUUCCCUGUUGCACUCCUCUGGUCGGGCAAACCCUGCUCUGUGUGCGUGCGUGCGUGUGUGUGUGCAUGUGUGUGUGCGCGCGCGCAUUGUUCCCCAUUGCACUCCUCUGGUCGGGCAAACCCUGCUCUGUGUGUGUGUGUGCAUGCGUGCGUGCGUGUGUGUGUGCAUGCAGCCCCUCCUGGUGCCCCUUGCUGGAGGGCAUGAGCUGUGCUGUGCGCAUAUGUCCCUGGGCUGGGCUCCUAGAGGGGACGUCUGCAUUGCCACAUUAUUUGAAAACUAGCCAAUUAGCCCGUCAUAAG